GUUCCGGCCGAAACUACACCCAGACGAGCUGCGGGGAGUGGAGCUCCUGGUGCGGGAUCCGGAUUCAGUCCGUGCGUCGGAGGAAGAGGAGGAGGAGGAGGAAGAGGAGGCAGAGGCUCGGUUAGGGACCGGGAUUUCACAAACAACGGGACUUGGAUCUGUGUGUGGAGAAUGGACAGGGUGUAGAGGUUUGGACCGACCCCACGCGUGUUUUUAUUUGUAAUUGUGUUUUUAUCCAGAAGACGCGCAGGUUCGGCUGAAAUUUCACCAAAUUUAACGCGUUAAAUUAAGUGCGUCUGAGGAGCGGAGCCGGUGCACCAUGACGAGCCGGAAAAGCAGCAGCACCGGGGCGGACCUGGUGGGUCCGUCCGCCAACGGCCACAUCCAGAACCAGAACCAGCACCAGCAGAGGAGCACCGGAGGGGUCCCGGAGUCCGACGCGGCGUCCGGAGCCAGGACCGGGACCGGGGGUGCGGAGGUGUUCGGGGAGUUCCAGGACUGGUGCCUGCGGACCUACGGGGACUCCGGCAAGACCAAGACCGUGACCCGGCGCAAGUACAACAAGAUCCUGCAGACGCUGCUCCAGGGGGACGAGGAGAACAACAACGGAGUGUUCCUGCACGAGAAGAGCAGCAACCACAUCAACGCCAAGUUCAAGUUCUGGGUCAAGUCCAAAGGGUUCCAGGUCCGGACUCUGCCCGACACCAGGACCGGCGCGUCGGACAGGCCGGUGCUGUACGUGCCCAUCAAGGCAACGUGUGUGGACGGCAUCUCCGGUGGCGACUCGUCUAUGAAACGCGUCGCCGUUGUCGAGGACUUCUUCGACAUCAUCUACUCGAUGCACGUGGAGGUGAGCAGCGACCCCGGAAAAACCCCGAAGCACGCCGGACAGAAGAAGACCUACAAGGCCAUUGCAGAGACGUACGCAUUUUUACCACGAGAAGCAGUGACUCGAUUCCUGAUGAGCUGUGGAGAAUGUCAGAAAAGGAUGCACAUCAGCACCACACAGGACUACAAAGAGAACGACCGACCGAGCGCCAUAGUGUCAGAGGUGAUCGACUACAACAUGCCUCUGACCACCACGUACAUGAAGCAGAUGAAGCUGCAGUGUAUGAGCAACAACAAGGAUGACAGCUCAGUGAGCAGCGAGGAGGAGGCCGACAUGAGCGAGCCCACAUGGCUAUCAGCUGAUCUGGGAGCAGCGUCCGACCUGAGCCCGCCGAGCCGAGGAGGAGAACGGAUGCACCACAGCCCGCCGGCCGCCCACGCCAAGGACGACGACGUCACACAUCCUUCAACUUCCACCUUCUACCUACCCCUGACCCCCAACACCCCCCACCCCCCGACUCCCCACCCCCCCUCCAGAGUUUCGAUCUCCCCCUCCCCCCGCCGCUCUUCCCAGUCGGUCGUGACCUUUUCUGGACGUUAUCCGCCAAAGCCCGGCCUCAGGCGAAGGAAUGUGAACCUGAAGGACACGCACAACAUCAGCUGUCAAUCAAAGAAGAAAAACCACUGGAGCUCAGAGGUCGGAGGUUUCAACGUGAAGCGAACGCCUCCGGUGUCGGAGGAGUUGGAGGGAACAGGAAGCGAGGAGAUGGAAGCGAUCCAGAGACGGUUAUGCAUCAAUAAGUCUGGAUGCGAUGUCGUGCGUGUGCAUUGUGAGCGCUGUGUGGGAGUGGUGCAGCGAGACGAGGUCGAGGACCGAGCAGCUCCCACAGUCUGGGGCUUUGUGUUCCUCACCCUCCAUCCGAGGUGGGAGGUGGAUGCAGAGGGAGGGGCUCGCAGCAUUGUCUUUCACCUCUCAAGGGCCACAGAGGCGAACGGCGAACUGCAGGAGAGACUCGCACUGCAGCAAAGACGACGAAGAGGUUCAAGCCCAGAUCUACAGCUGAAUCUGAACUCUAACACAGUUUCCUCUGGAUCUACAGGAGAGAAAAGACUGAAAACAGACGAGUGA